CCUUCCUUCUGUUGUCAGUGGGCGUAAGUGUGCGAGAGUUUCGCCGAUCGUAUUUUGUCCUCGCUGCUGUCCGCUUUUUGUUGUUCCAAGUUUAUUCUUCCUCUGUUUUCGAUUGUAGUUGCGGUGCUGAGAUCGUUGGAGCUUUCUUCUUCUCCUUCUUCUGUUUUCGAUUGUAAUGAGAUUUAGCAUGACGCACACAGCCACACACACACACAGUGACGACAAGGACAGGAGAAGAGGUGAAACUCAAGUGCACAAUCGGCUGGCUCUUGGGAGGACUGGGGGCGGUGCAAUCCAACUCCUCCUUCCAAAGAUCUGGUCAGAAAAUGAGAGAUCAGUAGUUGGAUAGAAUUUGGCUCCAAUAUGAAAAAUGCAUAGGCACUGGAAAAUUGACCUCAAUUUGAGAUCCCAAUUCUGGUUGUGGAAUUUCUACCGCCUAAGCAAUGUCGGAGCUAUGGAGCAGCAUAGAAAGAAGAUGCUUGUACCUUCUCCAAGAGAACAACUCCAUGGCCUCUCUCCUUCAAAUCCACGCCUUCAUGCUUCGAAACGCUCUCAACUACAAUGUCAAUCUCCUCACCAAGUUUAUCUCAAGCUUAUCCUCCCUUGCCCUUGCUGCUUCAUCCUUACAAGACAACCCUAUUGGUAUUACCCGACACGCUCAUCGCGUGUUUGAUCAAAGGCCUCACAAGGGCGAUGCAUUCUUAUGUAAUUCCAUGAUGAGGGCUUAUUUAGCUGGGCACCAGUGCAUUGAGUCUUUGACUCUAUAUAGAGAUCUUAGGAGGGAAACAGGUUUUAAUCCCGAUAAGUAUACGUUCACCAUUCUAGCCAAGUGUUGUACAAUGAACAUGGCCAUUACAGAAGGUGAGGAGAUACAUGGUGGUGUUGUGAAAUCAGGGAUUUUUUUGAAUUUGCAUGUAUCCACAGCUCUGGUUGACAUGUAUGCUAAGUUUGGUUUUAUGGGUAGUGCGUGCAAGGUGUUCAAUGAAAUGGCUGAGAGAAGUCAAGUGUCAUGGACAGCUCUUGUUGUUGGGUAUGCGAGGUGUGGAGAUAUGAACAAAGCGAGAAAGCUUUUUGAACAGAUGUCUGAAAAAGAUAGUGCUGCAUUUAAUGCAAUGAUUGAUGGUUAUGUGAAGUUAGGGAUUAUGGGUUUGGCUCAGGAUUUGUUUGACAAAAUGCCCAAUAAAAAUGUGAUUUCUUGGACUAGUAUGAUUUCUGGGUAUUGCCAUGACGGUGACGUUGAAUAUGCUAGGUUGAUGUUUGAUAAUAUGCCCGAGAAGAACUUGUUCAGUUGGAAUGCAAUGAUAGGCGGAUACUGCCAAAAUAAACAACCCAAUAAAGCUUUGGAAUUGUUUUAUGAAAUGCAGAGAAGUGAAUCUGCGGAACCAAAUGAAAUAACAGUUUCAAGUAUUCUUGGUGGUAUAGCUGAUUUGGGUGCUUUAGAUUUGGGGAUUUGGGUUCACAAUUUUUCCCAGAGGAAAGGGCUUGACAAAUCUGGUCGUGUAUGCACUGCACUAGUCGAUAUGUAUGCAAAAUGUGGUGAAAUUACAAAGGCAAAAUUGGUUUUUGAUAAAAUCAUUGAAAGAGGAGUUGCCUCCUGGAAUGCUUUAAUAACUGGUUUUGCAGCCAAUGGUAGGGCAAAAGAGGCUUUGAAAGCCUUUGCAGGGAUGAUAAAGGAAGGGCUAAAGCCAAAUGAGAUAACUAUGAUUGGUGUAUUAUCUGCUUGCAACCACUGUGGCCUGGUUGAGGAAGGAAAAAGAUGGUUCCAAGCCAUAGAGAAAUUCAGCCUUACUCCACAGAUUGAGCACUAUGGCUGUAUGGUUGAUCUUUUAGGAAGGGCUGGAUGCUUAGAUGAGGCUGAGAAAAUUAUCAAGAACAUGCCUUACAAUGCUAAUGGGAUAAUACUAAGUUCUUUUCUAUUUGCAUGUGGGUGCCACAAAGAUGUCGCAAGGGGGGAGAGAGUACUCAAAGAGGUAGUAAAAAUGGAUCAGUUGAGUGGCGGAGACUAUGUGAUGUUAAGAAAUAUGUAUGCAACAGAGCAAAGGUGGAUUGAUAUGGAAGAUGUUAAAUACAUGAUGAAGAAUAGUGGAUCAAACAAAGAGGUCGGUUGCAGCGUUAUUGGAGUUAACUCUGGCUUUGCAGAGUUUGUCGCUGGUGAUUGCUUGCAUCCUCAUCAAGAAAUUAUUCACUUAACAUUGGGGCAGUUAUGGAAGCACAUGAAGGUGGAUAUGAUCUAUUGAUCCGGUAAUAAGCAGAGAAAGAUGAAGAGAAAAAAAAAAAAAACAGAAAUGAGAAUUAGAGGAUAUACAAGAGCAUAUAUUUAAUUUUGUAAUAUCCUGUUCAAAAUUACCAUAUUUAGACCUUUAGGGCCUCAUAAUGCAAGCAAAAAAGUUUCUAACUUGAGCUGGUUUCCUUAUCAAUCUUGUGAAGCAUGAUGCUCUUUGCUCUUUGGCUCGUGAAGAAUGCCAAACUUCUCAUGUAUUUCUAUCUCUUGAUCUCAGUGAGGAGAUGGUUACUUCUCAUGCAUAAUCCUAGCCAUUGUCUCUUUGUUGCUUUCAAGUCUUAGGAUGUGUUUGGAAUAGCUUUUCAGAAGUGAUUUUAUGGAGUUUGGGUUAAGCUUAGGAGAGGAGUUUUGUCUUGACUUGCAUGAAAGCACUUUUUUUAAGUGAUUAUGAGGGUUCCUAAACACCCCUUUAGCCAAGCUUAUGUUUUGUUUGUUCAAGUAAACACUAAACACUAAAACUUUCCUCCUCCCUAUAACAGAUGAGAUUAUUGCUUCUCUUUUCCAGGCUUUUAAAGAGAGAGAAAUUGGUGAUUUCACUUAAUCAAUGAAUGGUGAAUUGGUGAACUUGAUUUAUGCUUGGAUUCUGUUUAUCAAGAUCACGCACAGUGUUUGAUAAGGUGCUUGACCAUAAGAUGAGCUAUAAUUGAAUUGGCAGCUAGCCAUUAUAAUAACAACUUUUGAUUGAUUUUAAUUUGUCAUUCAAUUUCCAUAUUAAGUAUGAAAGCGUUAGAGAUGUGGUCUUGAAGCUUUUUUUGGAGUUGUUAUCCGAUAUUCAAGAUAUUUAAAUUAGACUAUGUUGCAGAAAGGUUACAAGUAUUGAAUUGAGAUGCCAUCCUUUAUAUUUAAAUUUAAAUGUGAGAGCAGUGCAUAUGUUGAAUGAAUUAGAUUGUUUUCGAAUGUCAUACUUGCUUACAAAUGUUGGGUGCAUGUGCAACUUUUCCGUUGAAGAAUGAUGACAUUGGAAUGAUGAAUUAGACCUUCCUGAUUUGGAUAAGUGACAUUGGAAUGAUGAAUUACGGAAUGUAAUUGAUGUAAAGAUAAUUGAAGUGAAAGUUUAAGCUAUGUUGAGUUUUCUGUUGAUUAUGAAAAAGAAUUUUUAUUUCUUCUUUUUAAUGCAUUGCUGAAUGAGUGUUAAGGGAAGCAUGACAUACCAGUUGCAUUAGUGUUAGAUUAUUCUUCCUUUGGUGAAAAUUCAAGGCUAGACAUGAAAUACUGUGAUUAAUAUUGGCCAAUCAGAGUAUAAUGGUUUCUAUGAGAUUGUAAAUGGACUAGUAACAGUCCUUCCGUUUGGUGUGAGGACAUUCCAACGGAAAAUACUUGUCUAAAUGGUUGCUAAGGAGGGUAAAAAGAACCAUUGUGUUACCUAGCCAAUGAAUGAAUAUCAUCCCACUGUGAUUCAUGAAUUAUAUUUUUUAUCUGAUUAAUAUUUUAUUGCCAGAUGACGAAUUCACUUUGACUUGAAAGAAUCCUGCUGUAUUGAAGAAUUGUCAAGUGCUGUGAUAAAAAAUUGAGAUUUUAUUUUAUCUGUUUUAUAUAACAAGUACACGUUUGGAGUUAUUGAGAGGAAUUCUAAAGUUUUAUACAUGGAUUUUUAAGUUAACUCAUUUACAAUGAAAAUUAUAUGGUGAAUAUUAUGAUUCCAGACAUGAUUGAAAAUCACCACUAAAGGUCUAGGUUGUUUCUCUUCUCUAGUUUCUACUUCCCAGAUGGAAUAUAAUGUGUGCACCCGUUCUGUGACUAAUGAUUUAUUCAUUUGAUUUAAUCUUUUCUUCUCUUAGCUUUAUUGUUUGACUUUGAUUUCAUUCCUCACGUAUUUCACCUUCCAACACCACAUAUUUUAAACGUCUACUUUGGAACAAUCCGUCUUAGUCUCUGUGUGUUUUUUUUGUUUUUUUUGGAGGGGUUAAAAAAGUCGAGACUAAGCAGAAUAUUGGUCUUUCCUAUUUGGCAGUUGCCCAGGUGGCUGAUCUUACUGUUGACAUAAUUCUGACAAACAAAUUUCUGCUACUUAUGAAUUAAUUCCUGCUCAAACACACACAUAGAGUGGCAAAAGCCUUUUUGAAUCUUUUCAUCUAUGGUGGCAGAAGAAACAUAGUUUUGUGCCCCGGUGGGCAUAAAUAGUAACAGUAGACAAUCACUACCUAACAUCCAUGCAAAGAAAAAAAAAAAAAAAAAAGAGAGAAUCGGCUGACUAUGGGAGCCAAAAAAUAGACAUUUGCUUGCUUCAAGGUUUGUCAAUGUGUGUUUUGGGAUUUCAUGAAGACAGCAAACGAUGCUAAUUACACAAUGCCAAAAUAUAUGUUGCAGAAAGAAACUGAAAACACACCUGAUGAUGGCUGAAAAAUAUGUUAGGAAUUUUUAGUUAUUUAUUUACGUAAUUGAAAGGUUAAACAGUGGCAAUGAAGUGAAGGCCGAUGUGUCAGAAUAGUCCAGUUGGCAAUAGUUUGAUCUGGAAAUAUGAUACUAAUUGCUCAAUGCCAAAAUAUAUGUUUCUCAAUGGAAAAAAGUUGAUCUGAAUUUAAACCUUUUCUUACUUGGUUUGUAUGUCAGCAAUUCACAGGCGAAAAAGUGAACCAGAUAAUGGCAACUUGAGAAGUGUUGAAGAAAAGAUAAGAACUGGCAAUCUCCACCACGAUCCUACCAUAAACCCUGGCCUUGGUUCCUCUCUCUGUCCUUGCUGUCUCUCGCUUUUAAACCCUAUUUCUGUAUGUCUAUUAUUCUUUUUGCGAAAUUCUGAUGAAUUUACUUGGUCAAAAAUUCCUGUUGACUGUCAAUGUGAUCAUGUAGAUUCAGGAAAAAAGCUGAAUGGACAAUCACUUCUGUCUUACAUGAUGCCACUGCUGUGGUGAGCAAAGGAUGGUGGGGCAAUAUUGCUAUGUUCUGAAACUUCUGGGGCAACAUUUAUCAUGGAGUGUUUUGUAAUUGUAUGAACAAUGUGGUAUGCUUAGUGCAGUUCAUGGUUUUAACACAGGUAUUGCCGGUUCUGUUCCCCUCUACUUUAUUAUAGACAUCCUUUAUUGCUGACAUUGCUUAUUAACCUCUGACUGCGGGGAUCCCAUACCUACAAAAUCGUCUUAAGGGUCCAAAGUGGCUUCCUUUCAUCGUUGGGGUAUGCACGCUUUAUUUUACUUUGUUUCCUUUACAAAUAUUGAGCUUCAGUGGCCUUGCACUACCGUUGAUGCCUAUAAUGGUAUCAUUGAACUUCUAGUCAUCUUUAGUUCUUUGCGCUCAGCACGGUACAUUUUUCAUGUUUCUUGUUCACAUUCUUUAGCUAACUCAUAUUGUUCCUCCUUUGUUCACAGCUCCCUCCAUUGCUCAUAUUUUCUGGUGCAAGUGCUGCAUUUGAAGGUUAUGUGCUUCCAAAGUUUGCUCAACUCACUGUGACAUCUUAUCAUGCUGCCUCUAAGUGCCUCACAUUAUGGAAUCUCUCGUCCCCGGACAUAUUGAAGAUAACUACAAUUCUCAUAAUCAGCAAGAGCGGACCAGAUAAUCAUCUAGAGGGCACAUAGAAGAAAGAGAUGUUGCCCUUCACUAUUAUGUUUAUUUUUUAAAUAAUGACCAUGGGUUGGUAGGACUGUUCAAAUUUUGGGCACUGUUCAUUCUUUACCUUACCACCCUUCCAUGUGAAUAUUGUAUUUAUUUGGUCUUUGUUGUUGUAAUUUCCCAUCCAUUUGGUUUAGAUGGGGAGCAUGUGAUCUUAUAAUGGGUAACCUUUUUUUGAAAGAGGCUGAGAAAGAGAACUAGUAAGAUCACAUGAAUAGCUUGUAAUGAUUAUUCAUAUCAUUGGCCGGGUUCUAGAAAGCUUAAAUACUGAGCCAUCCAUGGGACAUUGAUAUGGUAACACGACAAAAUUUCAAGUAUAUGUGUAUCCAUAUACUUAAAUGUAUAUGCUUCAGGACAGAUUAAAACCUGAAUUUCUUUUUUGUA